AUGGUCGUACCAUACUGGACAUACGACAACGAAAACGGUGGACAUUACGAUCUCACCUCGGAUGCGCAAACAACAACUCAGGUAGAAGAUCCCGACGUCCUUGGCGGGCACAGCGACCGUGCGCGUAACAAUCGAGACGCAUUGAAUCUCAUCAACAAGCUACGGGGAACUGGAGUGGGUUUAGAUGUCGACCUGCCAAUCAUCACUGCCAUAGGUCAACAAUCCUCUGGAAAAUCGUCUCUAAUGGAGCAGGUGUCGGGCAUACGUUUCCCCCGUAACUCUGGAACAUGCACGAGAGUGCCCAUUGAAUGCCACUUGAGUCGUUCGGACGAUCCCUGGGUAUGCCGAGUCAAGAUUCGCAUCGUCACGUCAACAGGCAUCGACGACAAGUACUUCGGCUCGCCUAUUGCUUCUCCUCAGAGCCUCGUCGAUCGCAUCGCGCGCGCGCAAGCUGCGAUCCUCAAUCCUUCUCAAGACUCGCUGUCAUAUCUGAGCUGCGCGGUCGGUGAUCUGGAACAGUUGGAGAUCAACUUCUCCUCGAAUGUGAUCUGCCUAGAGAUAGCGGGCCAGGAUAUACCGGAUUUGACUCUUGUGGACCUUCCAGGCCUCAUUCAGAGUGCGAGUGCGAAUGGCGACGCGGCAGAUAUCGCGCUCGUGCGUGACUUGGUGGUUCAAUACAUCUCCAAACCUUCUACAAUUAUCCUCGUGACCGUUGUCUGCGAGACUGACUUCAAUAAUCAACCCGGUUAUCAGCUCGCGCGCCAGUGCGACCCUAAGGGAGAUCGCACCUUCGGUGUUCUUACUAAACCUGAUCGCAUUCAAACGGGCACCGAAGCGGCAUGGAUAUCACUCUUGAAGAACGAGAGUGCAGGUGCGCCUUUGACGAACGGCUGGUACACCGUCAAGAUGCCCGAGCUGUCACCACUGCACCCAGCUCCAACUCGGGCGGAAGCGGCGACACAGGAGGACAAAUGGUUCGAGAAAGAGACCCAUGAGCGUUCAUCCCCGUGGUCCAGCCUAUCCCAUGCCACUAAGCGGAGGCUGGGUACAAAGUAUCUCGUGCCCGCGCUGGAGGUCGCUCUGAGCGAUCUUGUUCGGCAGCGUGUCCCUGCACUCGGUGUUGAGCUUCGGGAUAAAGCGCAGGAUGUCGAAAAACAGCUACGCGACCUGCCCGCGCUUUCAUCGGCGGACAAUGCGAUCGGCGAGAUCUUCCGGUUGAUCAAUGGUUUCACGCACUGCAGUGACGCGGAGGUCCAUGGCCGCCCUCUUGCCUCGCCCGAGCAGGACGGCCAGACACUUCUGCACGGGGUACACGAUGCCGCUGAACAGUUUCAGAUGUCUCUGCUUGCGACAUACCCCGACUUCCGCCCGUGGAGGCAGGGUGCUGAAGGCAAAGGCGACCUUCCCCUCGCGCUUCCACGCUUUGUGCUCGGGAAUAACGCGGUAUCUCCGUUGAAGCGCACUGGUGAACCCAUACUCGUUGAGCAUGUUGAGGAGACCAUUGCGCGCGGGCGAAAAGCGGGUCGUGGUGUGCCGGACUAUAUACCGUCCGAUGCACCAGCAGGCUAUGCCAAAGCGGCUAUCUGUGACUGGGCUCUUCCCGCCCGUGUACUCGUGGACGGAACGUACCAGCACCUGAAUAAGUACCUGCUCGCCUUGGUUAAGCGACAUUUCGGUCAGUAUGAGCACGGCGGCCUAUGCAGUGAAGUCAGGCGCAUCGUCAAUCUGCAUCUCUCCGAAUGCCGCGACGAAGCAGAAAAGCGUAUUGAAUGGCUCCAGAAAAUUGAUGGGGAGGCAUAUACGAGUAACGCGAACGUGCAUCGCGAGCUCAAGGAUCAGUUCAAGUUGCACUUCAAGGCGGCUUCUCAGAGCUCUGGCUUGGAUUUCCUGCAGCGCAGGUUAGACAUGCGACCUUAUAACCCGACCGGCCGAGAUGAAGUCCCCACGCAAUUUAAAAACGAUAUGGAGGCCGCGAUCAAGAACCUCAACAAGAUCGGUGUGCGCAUUGGCGAUGCGCACCAACUUUCCACCCUCAACCCGAGCCCCGACGACCCGCUCCUCGACGUGAUGGCGAGCGCCAGCGCGCUUUUCGAGAUUGCUCGCCGCCGGUUCUCGGACUAUGCACCACAAGCUGUAUACCUUGAACAGGUGCGCGGUUUCCAGGACGGACUCGAUAAGCUCUUGAGGGAGGAACUUGGCCUCACGGGCACGGAGAUACAGUCAAAGUGUCGCGCGUACCUCGAGGAAUCGUCCGAUGUUAAGGCUCAUCGACAGGAGCUCACGCUCCAGCAUGAGCGUUUGACCGCCGCUCGUACGGAGUUGAAUGCAUACUUCUCGAUGUCUUGA